UCUUUUUAAAAGCGAGUGUGUGUACAUGUCUUUCAUUUUGCUCGUAUUCGAAAGUAGAGAAUUUAACGUGAAAUACACCAUUUCAUCCCUUGGCUAACAAUCUACGAUACAUCUAGCUUAGUGUAUACGAGUAUUUACUAAUAUUCCACACGAGUACCUAUGUCAAGUCUUAUACUCAUACGUCUACACACCUUCGUGUUGAACGCUCCUUAAUACCUGUGUACAUGGAACCCACAUAUAACACCACUAUUAGUCAUUUCUAUAUGAGUAACUUAAUCCUUGGAUUAUCUGCGCGGAUAUUGAAUCUGUGCUGCACCGGGCUAUAUAAACUCGCAUUGGUAAACAAGGGAGUGAAAUUGCCGACCGAAUGGCAACAAGAAUGUUUACGUGGAUCUGGAUAUUUGAAAUUGUUUUCCACGGUGUAGUGCCGCAAGUCUUGGAGCCCCCGGGAACCAGGUGGGGGAAGAACGUUACAUCUUGCGAGGAAUUCGAACGAGACGCUCACUUCGAGCCGACAGAAGUAAUCGAUGCCAUGUGGAAAAUAUUUUACUCGUGGGCUGACACCACUGAGUUGUCGCUCAUUGUGUUCUCGUUACUAUCAGCUAAGCGUUUAAAAAGAAUAAAAGCUGUAGUAGACUCGAUAGAUCCGGGUUUGGGGAUACCCUGGUUGGAUGCCGAGUUUCUAAUGGAGCCUCGAGGUGGUUUACAGAUUCUGUUACUUCGCCAGGGGACUCCGGGUGCAUACCGCGCCCUCAUCAUCGCCGAACAACGCGAUAAAGCUCGCCCAAAUCCGAGACCAAUCCUAAAUAUGGCGGAUGUGCGCAUGAAACUGGUGGGCCGUAUCAUGGGCAUGAUGUCCUGCGAGGAGCUCACCGCAUAUGCGCUGGCUCGACAGCACGAGAUGCCGGUCACGGAGGCCGACUGCGUGGUGCGGGCCAACACGCUCGGGUACCGGGGGCCCGGGGGACACUCGUACCUUCAAAUACGUCGCAUGAUUAAACAAGAACUAUAAAGAGUUAGUAAAUGGAUAAAAUGUAUGCUACACUGAAAUCGCAUCCUAUUCGUAGGUGAUCGAACUAAUAAAAAUAAAACUCAUAUGA